AUGGGGCCAUCGUCGUCGGCAGCACGGAAGCGAACGAGCACACCCAAGAAACCUCUGACCAAGCCCCCACCUUCAAAAAAACCCGCCAGGCCGAAUGCUAGCAUCCUGAGCUUUUUUCAGAAGACCGAGAAGCCCGAACCGACUCUCUUUUUGGAUGGUCAUGAUAGGCUCGUGGUCCCCCAAAACGGAAAUGACGAAGAGCCAGAGAUCUACGACGCGGAACCGUGGGAGGAGGAGGAGGAGAGGUUCAACGAGGUUGAGGCCUCGGUCAAGAAGAGAAGGCUGAGCCAAGAGGAAGAGAUGGAGGAAGGAGAGCCGUCGGCAGCGAAGAAGUCUGAAAGCCCCAUAGAACCCGAACCGGCUCCAUCAUCGCCAAGCUUGGAGACGAAACCUGCGAAGAAGCAAUCGACGAAGCGCAAGGGUCCCUUCCUCGACGAUUCCGACAGCGAAGAGGAUGCUGGUCCGGUAAAGAAGCCAGGAUAUUUAGGCGCUAUCCGCAAUCGACCGCCCAUUGUCCCGCCCGUUAAACUGGAAGAGAGCUCAGUGCCUCCCGUCAAACUGGAAGAGGGGAACCUCACGCCGCUGGUUCCAUCUGAGAGAGAGGAGGCAAUAUCCCCCGCCAAAGAGACUAGCUGCCCGCCAACGCCAUUGAAGGUUGAAGACUCGAUCGACACUGAGUUUGCAAUUGUUGACGAGUUUGGUGACUUAGACGAAUUUCCCAACGACGAAGACUUUGGUGGCGAAGAGUAUCGCAUGAUGCAGUACAUGGAGGAGCAAGCUCGGUUGGAGGCUGAAGCUGAGGACGGUGAUACCGGAGACUACUCCUGCGACGACCUUGCCGAUCCUAUGCGACCCAGCGACACCAUGGUAGCCAAUUGUCCAAUAUGCGACGGCAGCCUUGCUGGCAUCACAUCCGACGAGGCAACACGACAUGUUAAUGCGUGCCUCGAUGGCAACCCGAUUCCGCUCCCUCAGCCCAAAGAAAACAAAAAGCCCAAGAAAGAAGAUAUUGCUAGGCCGCCAAUUCUCGAACUUCCUGAAGUUAACAAACGAUUCGCCCGUGCAGCCGUUCCUCGAGAAGGCCAAGCGAACCCCUUCGACCUGAGCGAGGUAGAAAACAAACCAACUUCGGCUUUCAGCAAGUUGAUGUCAGGCCAUGCCGAAGACGCAGCGUGGGCCGGCGCUGCCGCCGCGGAGCAUUCGGCACGCGGCAAGCCCGCAUAUCAGCGAACCUGUCCAUUCUACAAGAUUAUGCCUGGGUUCUACAUUUGCGUGGACGCCUUCAGGUAUGGUGCGGUCAAGGGGUGCAACGCAUACUUCUUGAGCCACUUCCACAGUGAUCACUACAUUGGCUUGACUGCCAACUGGACACAUGGCCCUAUCUACUGCAGCAAAGUCACAGGCGACCUUGUCAAGAUGCAGCUGCGCGUUGCAGCCCACUGGGUCCGGCCUCUUGAAUUCGACGAGACGGUGGAUGUACCAGGCACUGAGGGUGUGACGGUCACCAUGAUCCCUGCAAACCAUUGUCCUGGCAGCUCCCUGUUCUUGUUCGAGAAGACCAUGGGUAAGGGACCCAAUGCAAGGAAGCAAAGAAUUUUGCAUUGUGGUGACUUCAGAGCCUGUCCAGCACAGGUUGGCCAUCCUCUUUUGAAGCCCGAGGUGCAAGACUCGAUUUCUGGUAAGACCAAACAACAAAAGAUCGACGUUUGCUACCUGGACACGACUUAUCUUAACCCACGCUACUCGUUUCCGCCCCAGAACGAUGUCAUCAAGGCUUGCGCAGAUAUGUGCAAGUCCUUAGCUCCAGAUCAGUCGUCAGAGGACAACACAUGGGACAAAAUCAACAGAGAAGCUGGUACGGAGACCGUCAGCAAAUUCUUCACCAAGACGAGUGUGGAUGGGGAAGCCCCGAAGCCCAAACCAAAGAACGCUCCCAAGGAGCGCCUUCUUGUCAUUUGCGGCACCUACUCAAUCGGCAAAGAGCGUAUCUGCAAGGCCAUCGCGCAGGCUUUGGGCAGCAAGAUUUUUGCCUCCAAGUCGAAGAUUCGCAUUUGCUCUAAGCUUGGAGAUCCGGAGUUGACAGCACUCAUGACAGACAACCCAUACGAGGCUCAAGUCCACAUGCAAAUGCUAAUGGAGAUCCGCGCGGAAACCCUGCAAGAAUAUCUCAACUCUUACAAACCGCACUUCAGCCGCAUCGUUGGUUUCCGUCCCUCUGGCUGGAACUACCGACCACAAGGGGUAAGCAAAGCGGUAACAGCUAGUACACAACCUGGGACUAUUCCAACCACACAAAUCCUCCAAAGCAAGGCAUGGCGGUCACGGUUCGGAGCGAAAGACUUUGUGGCACAACGCGGCAGCACCAAGGAAGCCAUGUGUUUCGGAGUGCCAUACAGUGAGCAUAGCAGCUUCCGAGAGCUGGCAAUGUUCGUAAUGUCACUGCGCAUAGAGAAGGUUGUUCCCACAGUUAACGUUGGAAGUGAAGUAUCAAGGAAGAGAAUGAAGGGCUGGAUCGACAAGUGGUUAGCUGAGAGGAGGAAGGGUGGGCUCCUUCGCCCUCUCGAGGGCGAGGAGAGUGAAGACAAGGAAGUUACGCUUUGGGAUGGCAAAGACAGCUGUGGAGGAGGCGUUUGGUGGUGA